AUGGCGCCCAACCAUUACGACCUCGAGCGGAUUCGCCAGCAGAUCGUGCUGGCCAACAUCCAGGAGCUCAUCCAGAAGAUGACGCGUCGCUGCUUCAACGCGUGCAUCGCUCUUCCCGGCCUGGAGUUGCGCUCCACGGAACGCGACUGCCUGUCCAGCUGCAUGGAUCGGUUCAUGGACUCGGUUCAGGUGGUCUCGUGCCAGUAUUUCAGGCGCCGGCGCCGCCAGCAGCAGCUCCGUUUGAACCGCUUGGCUAGUGAAUCCUCCGCAUCCAGUGCUUCCAAGUGAGGGUUGAUUUCCCACAGAGGAAUAUGUAGACCGAUUGCAGAUAGCCUGAUGUGCUGUGUCUAACCCCCAGAUCUACGGUUUCCAACUGGAACCCAAAAGGGUUAAGGUCACUUGACCUCCCCCCUCAAAAAAAUGUCAUUUCCGAAGUGGAAAGGCAGAAAGUGGAUUUACUGCUGGCCUGGCGCCGCCAAUAAUGUCUUCCUGUUUGGUCCUU